GUGAUUAUCUAAGUUCUUGCUCCACUUCACUUACAUACCUUGCUUGAAACAUACUUCGUGAUGCAGUUGAAUUCAAUGUGUUGCAGAUGCCAAAAUACUACAGUAUAAGUAAAAGGAGAAGAAAAGAGAGAAAAGGAAACAAGUAGAAGACAAAAGUAGAAAGAGUUCCCGCGUGAAUCCCUGCCACCCGUACCUGUACCAAACUCCUUGUUUCCUAUAACAGACAAAUCUCCCUUCUUUCCCAUUCUUCUCUUCACCCAUUUGUUUAAGAUACUCUGCAAGUUUUUUUUUUUUUUUCUCUUUCUUCCCUCGCAGUUCUAUUCUUUUUAGUUCCAGGCCUGGCCUGUAGACGUGAUCCGAUUCCAACAAAUUUUCUUUUGUUCUAUUCUUUUACCCUCGAUCACAAAUCUCUUCAGAUCUCUGUACCAAUCGAUCAUUCGGCAUUGCAAUCGAUAAGCAAUGUCGGAACCCCCAGUGAAACCGGUUCUCCAAAAGCCACCUGGAUACAAAGACCCAAACUCCCCGGCCGGUCAGCGUCGGUUCAGACCACCGCCACGGAAACCGGUUCUCCCACCUUCUUUCCAUCCCAAGAAAAGAAAGACUAGUUACGGUCGUGCUUGUUGUUGCUGUUUCUGCAUCUUCUUUUUGAUCUUCCUUCUCCUCAUUCUCAUUUGCGGCGCUGUUUUCUACCUUUGGUUCGACCCUCAAUUACCCGGCUUUCACAUCCAAUCAUUCCGGAUCUCCCGCUUCAACGUCACCAAAAGACCCGACGGAACCUACCUCGACGCCAGAACGACGACGAGACUCGAAGUGAAGAACCCAAACGGAAAGAUGACCUAUUAUUACGGAGACACCGAGGUUGAGAUCAGCUUCGGGGAAGGCGGGUAUGAGACCGAGUUGGGAACGACGACGGUACCGGCGUUCACCAUGCUGGAAAAGAACACCAGGAGUUUGAGAGUGGAGACAAUAGCGAGUAACAAGCUAGUGGUUGAUGAGGUUGGGAAUAAGCUCAGGGCUCGGUACCGAAGCAAGAGUUUACCCGUGAACGUGGAGGCUCGGACCAAAGUUGGAGUAGGUGUGGCGGGGUUGAAGAUCGGCAUGGUCGGGGUGACCGUUAAGUGCGAUGGAAUGUCCAAGAAACAACUUGACGGUGGUGACAUGCCCAAAUGCGUCAUCAACAUGUUAAAAUGGCUCAACAUUCAUUGACACAAAUCACAUGCUUCAAAGUUUUCAAUCGUAAGAAGGAUUUGUUCAUUUGAUCAAUCGGGGUGUAAUUCAUGAACAUUUUGUAUCCCACAUUGGAUUCUAUUGUAGCAAUUAGUUUUGUCUUUCCUUUUUUUUUUUUAAGUAUAUAACUAUUUAUUCAUACAUUACACUAUACUUUUGGAAAAAAAAAAAAAAAGGGGAGAGAUCCCAGGUCAAAGAGUUAUAAUCCAUAUGACAUAGUAAAAGGCGUAACGUGUGUCCAUGUCUGAACUUUGGCUUCUUGUGAUGUAAUGGAAUACAUGUAAUAAGUUCAACUUUUUAUUAUUUAUUGGGGGUUUUAACUA